UUUUACUUUUAUUUUAUUUAUCUUUCAAUAUGUGCAGACGUGCAGACGUACAGUGUGCACUAAAAUUAAUCACAACGUUUAACCAAGUACCUACCAACUUGAGUAAAUCAACUUGAAUAGUAGGAGUCAAAUGUACCUCGCCAUUGAGUAGGUCAUUGUGAUGGAUGUGUAAAAAUUUGAAUUCAAUGACAAAUCACUGCACACGAAAAGCGAUUCUGAGUGGAGACGAAAUACGGAAUAAACCAGAGGUUUCCAAACUGAGCACGGGCUAUGACACAAGGGUACAACGAGCCCAUGACAGGGGAACCACUGCAAAUAUGAAAAUAUAUAAUGUAAAUUGGCCGGCCCACAAUAUCCGUAAGAAACACGACUAAACAGAUUUAGUCAUGGUUUGAAAUGCAAUUGUAACGGUGCCGGUGCGUUAAAAGUGGAUGCGUCUUACCGUAUUGAGGUUUGCGGUCCGUUUUUGUCAAUUCAUUUGGAUACCAGUGCGCUAUGCGUUAAAAGCGGAUAAUGUGCUAACGUCAUUAAAAUUCACAAAACAACAUGUUUCUGUGAAUAAAGUGGUACCCGGCAUCCGUUUUAAACACAGCUUGUUGCCUCGAAAAAUCUUGAUCUUAAAUACACACGUUUUGUUCCGAUACCCCAAUACAACAAUCAUGAAGAAAUGGAAAAAGAUCUCUCUAUUCGUGUGCGUGUUUGCAUUCGUCAGAGAAUUUAGGCCUAUCGAGCCGUUUUACGCGGCUUACAUGACAAGUCCAGCUAUAAACAUCACAUUAACUCAGACGUCAAGAGAUGUUUAUGCAGUUGGAGCGUACUCGUGCUUUGUUCUCAUCAUCAUUGUGUUCUUGAUCACUGACUAUCUGAAAUAUAAGCCGGUGUUGAUAAUGGACGGGAUAUGUGGUGUAAUGGCCUAUUGCAGUAUUGUUGGACAUCCGAGUUUAUUGAGAAUGCAGAUUGGCCAAGUGUUCUACGGUUUCUUCUUCUCGUCCGAAGUGGCUUAUUUUGGUUAUUUAUACGCCAUGACCGAUGAUAAACGUCUCUAUCAAAGGAUCACUGGGCAAGCUAGAGCGGCGUGUCUCUCGGGCAAGUUCUUAUCGUCUUUUUUCGCCCAAGCAGUCAGUCUCGUCAACGGUUCAGUUCCUUACAUCGAAUUGGUUUACAUUAGUAUAUUCGGAAUGUUUUUCUCAACUGUUUGGGCCUAUUUGAUGCCUAACGUUACUAAUAGUAUCUAUUUUCAUAACGAAAAAUCUGAAUCAACUGAUGAGAGCCCGCCACCAGUUAAAAAUCACACGUCUUCUUCGGAUGAACCAAAAACCACAGAGAAUGUUGAAUCUCAACCAUCGAAAACAAAGAUAACCAAGGAAAUUAAUAAAGAUGAAGGUAAAAGUCUGGGUCAAGUAUUAUCAUGCUUACAGAAGGAUUUCAAGCGGUCGUAUUCAGAUCCAUAUGUUAGAAAACUUUGUUUGUGGUGGGCUUUUGCUUUUGGAGCAUAUGUACAGGUCUACACGUACAUUAAUGUGUUGUACACUUAUGUAUUAGAUUUAAAUGAAGAUACACAUUUCACUUUGUACAACGGUGCGGCAGAAUCACUUAACACUUUAAUAGGGGCUAUUGCUGCUUAUUCAAUUGGCAAACUAGAAUUAAAUUGGUUCAAAGUCGGAGACUUAUUUCUAGGAAUUGGUUCAAUACUCGCUGGAAUAGUACUUCUUGGUUGUUUUUACACAAGAACCAUGUGGUUCAUUUACGCUUUCUACAUAAUCUACGGGUGUCUUUACCAAACGAUGUUGACGGUCGCCGAAUCCGAAGUCGCCAAACAAUUAAGCAGAGAUAGUUACGGUCUCGUAUUUGGAUUUAACUCAUUUAUUGCACUGUUCCUGCACACGCUAAUGACUUACGGCAUCGUUCAAGGACACAUUAUCUCGGUUUCAACGAUACAACAAUUUUUGAUUUAUGCUGUUUACUACAUGUGCAUUGGAGCGGUGUUCCUAAUUUUCUCAAUCAAAAGUUAUUUCUCAUCAGCCACAACCGACAGUAUUAUAGAAUGUAAACAAUAAAUUAUUUACUUAUAAAUGUACAUAAAAUAAAACCUUUAACUCUUAUUUUGUGUCAAAUUAAAUAGUUUAUUUUGUUUGUUAUAUAUUAUUUAAAAAUGUAAGUAUGUGAAUAUUGUGAACUGUGAACACUUUGAUAAUUAAUUAAUUUGGUAUGUAUUGCCUUUAUUGUUUUUUUGUUUAAACUAGUUUCGGGUGAUCAUGAUGCACAAAUAUAAAUAAUGUAUUAUCUA